CGCGCGCCGCGGAGAGGGUGGGAUUUCCACUGCUGUUUGUGUUGCUUUCCCAAGGAAUGUGAGGGAUACACUAAGCCCGAAUGAUUCUCGGGGCUGUCCACUAACUUUAGGACCUAGCUCGGCCAUGGAACUGUAGUUAUUCCGCGCUUUUUCCACAUUAGCUGUAACUCUUCGGAUCCCAAACUGGCGACCUCACAUCUCCAGCUGUCACGCGCAAAUGAUCUCAUAGACCAGAUCAAGCUCAAAGUGUUUCCUGCGUGGCGGGGGGCUGGAGAGGGUCAUGGGUGGGGCUGGGCUCAGUGUGUGAGGUGGGAGGCCGGGAAAGGGGGCCCAUCCCGGGGUCUGGAGUGUCCGCUGUGGUGCGUCCUGUGUCGAGGAGGCAAGGAGAGACUCAAGCAGGCCUGUCAGAGAGGGAGGGGAGCGCUGCGCCUUCCCGCAGACAUGCUGAGCCUCAGACUACCGCAGCUCUUUGACAUCCACCAGGUGCCAAAGGUGUUUCGAGAGGAUGGCAUCAUGUCCGGGUACCGUCAUCCCAGGAGCUCAGCCCUGGACUGCAUUCUCAGCAGUUUUCAAAUGACCAACGAGACGGUCAAUAUCUGGACCCACUUCCUGCCGACCUGGUACUUCCUGUGGCGGUUCAGCAUGCUGUGCACCUCUCUGGACUUCCUGACGGACAGCUACACCUGGCCGCUGCUCGUCUACAUGCUUCUGAUCUGCCUGUACCCCUUCACCUCCAGCUGUGCUCACACCUUCAGCAGCAUGUCGGCCGAGGCUCGUCACAUCUGCUACUUCUUCGACUACGGCGCGCUCAGCCUCUACAGUCUCGGCUGUGCCAUCACAUACGGCUCUUACGCGAUGCCCGACUGCUGGGUAAACAGUUGGCUUCAUCAGCAUUUCGUGACCAUCGGCGUCGCCAACUCGCUCUUUUGUACCAGCAUGUCCUGCUACUCCAGGUUCGUAGAGUUGCAGUUCCCACAUAAAAGUAAAAUCUUGCGAACGGCCGCGUUUAUCGUCCCCUUCCUCUUUGAUAGCUUCCCACUGUUCUACCGCCUGCUGUCGUGCUGUUGGGGGAGCUGUAGUCCCAGUGAAGCUCUGGCCAGCCACUCUUACCAUCUGCUCUUUGCAUUCCUCACAUGCUUCCUGUUUGCGUCUCACCUCCCUGAGAGACUGGCUCCUGGACGCUUUGACUACAUCGGUCACAGUCACCAGCUCUUUCACGUAUGUGCGGUUGUGGGCACCCAUUUCCAGAUGGAGGCAGUGUUGACAGACAUGGCGUCUCGCAAAGAUUGGCUGAUGUCGCACUCCUCUUUACCUUCGUUUCCAGCCACUAUGGGGGUUCUCGUGCUGGGCAUCCUGCUCAACCUGGGCAUCAUUGGCAUCUUUAGCACCGGUUUACCCCGAACACCUCGCCAAAGCACUUUGGCCCACCUUCAUCAGGAGUAAUGAGCUUUCUUGACCACUCCACACCUCACUGUGCACCUUUCUGGACGAUUGUGCACUUAUACAGUCACUUUCACUGAUAUAUAAGCCUUGAUACUUUUGUAUUAAGAAGCUAAACAUUUAUGCUAUUCGAGAUCGUUAAUUUCAUACUCAUGGUUUAUUAUCUCAGCUGAAAACCCUAAUGAUAAUCGCGUACUUUCUGGAGUUAUUUGAUUUAAUUUUUUAGUCAUUGAUAUGAAAGGUUGAGGGUUGGAUGACGCUAAUAUUGAUUUUUACAGGUUAUAUCCUAACAUUGCUUUGGGGUUUUUUAUAAACAUAAUAUGAUGUUUGUGUUACUACAUAUUAAUGUUGUGUAACAUUAACUGGAAAAUGAUUACGUAGCGUUAAUCAGGGAUUUUAUAUUUGCAUUAAUAUCAUUAUGAGUAACAUCAUUAAUAUUAUUAAUCCAAUUUUAUGACGUGCUGCAUAUCAAAUUAUACAAAAAUUAUGGUGCUUAUCAUAUCUAAAAUUACUUGCAGGUGGGUGAAACUCUACCCUUUUGAAUGCAUGUAUUUGUAAUGUCCCUUUUUAUUAUGAUUUGGAUUUAAUGGAACACCUUUGAAUAAUCUCACAGGUUCAGUAACUAAUCAAUUAAAGGGAUAGUUCACCCAAAAAUGAAAAUUUGACUGAGACUGCAACGGUUGAAUUUAAAAAUCAGGAUUUGUGUUCAACUGAAGAAACAAAGUCCCCUACAUCUUGGAUGCCCUGGAGGUAAGCAGAUAAACAUCAAAUUUUCAUUUUUGGGUGAACUAUCCCUUUAAGGGCUGUUUUUAGAAAAAGAUUUCCAUUUUUACUUUAGCUCGUCUAAACAUCAUUCUCCUACUAAACUGCAUCUCAUGGGAAUACGGGGCUGCACUGGAGUCCUUCACUCUCGUUUUGAGUUAUGUGUCACAUAUCUGUGGUAUUGUUUUGUUCAUUGCAGGUUUAUGGCAUACAAUACACUCUUUAUAUUGAUACACAAGGUUUUUAUAUUUAAUUGCAUUUUAUCAAUGCACUUGUGGAUCCAGUGCAAACUCAAAAUAGGUUUUUUGUUCAUGUUGCAUUCUGUUCUUAAAGCAGAAAUCAAAUCUUAUCUUUGUGAAUGGCUAAGCUGUUAACCUCUGUCUCUCAUUUUGUCCUUUUUUUGUUUGUUUUGUCUGACCUAGUGGUGCAGGACAGGUACGUUGGCUUGUAAUUCAGUGCAAUUAAUGCUGCGCAAAGGCAGUAGUUUCGCGAAACCUUUUCUAACAAGCUCCAAAGGUCGGUCACUCGGUGGUAAAGAUAUUUUAAUUGGUGUAUAUGAAAGGGAUCUUGGGUUAAAAGGGAAAAGUAGGUGCUUCAGUGGUUAGUGGCGGAAAGAUUUCUGCAUUUCUCCAAAUGCCUAUUUGUAGUACGACAGCAGAAAUUCUCGUAGGUGUGUGUUUUUCCAGCUCCAGCUCUGAUGGAGUCUGUUCUUCUGCUCAAAGAGGUUUAAAUGUGAAUGUGACUGGUCACAAUAGCAUUUUGUGCACUAGAUUAAAAUGAAACGUAAAAGGUUUUGGAUUCCCAAUCCCUGUGUGUUUGUUGGCCCAAAUGAAUGUAUUGCAGUUUUGAAAACUGUGUUUUAAAGCACCAUUUAAUGUUACAAAGUAGCAUUUAAAAUUACCAAGGAAAUUGAAAUUAUUUAAUUUUUGUUUUUAAAUGUUCCAGAAAGGUUUUUUUUUACUGUAAUGCUUCCCUUUAAAUUGGAGAAUUUAAAUAUGCAAUCAUUAUCGCAAUGCCUUUUAUUUGCCAUUGUCAAUUUUGAAAUAUUUUUGUAACAAAUGUGAAAAAUAUGAAAGUGCCUAGAAAUAAACUGACUCAUAAUUGUUCA